AUGCGCCGUAAGACGAUACCCACACCGGAGCAGCUCUCCGCAUUCCUUACCCGACAACGCGAGCUCCUUGCCGCCGAGCGGGCGGCGGAUAUAGAACGCACUUCCUUGCUCUUCUCGAAAUGCUCACCGAAGCUACUCGAGCAGCGAGGCUUGGCACUGGGCGGACUUGGUGUUGCUGGAGUGGAGCUGGGGCUGGGCGGAAAGAGCUUGGUUGAGCUCGAGAGACCGACGGCAUAUCAUACCUCGCCGAUAUUUUUUUCCCCGCAUACAUUCAGACCCGGCGACCUCGCGCGCAUCGAUCAACACGUUGUCUCCAGCGCACGUAAACCGAUCAAAGGAAAGAAAGCAACCAAUGGAGAAACAGGAGAAACAGGAAAAGCGGUCGAGGGCGUCGUCUACCGCGUCUCAGACACUAAGAUUGUCAUUGCCAUUGAUGGUGAUAGAGGCGCACAGGAAUCGGAGGAUCUGGAUCUGCCUGAGAGGUGUAGAGUGUUGAAACUGGCGAACACUGUCACAUACGACCGGAUGGAUAAGGCAAUAGAUGCUCUCGAGCGCCUAGUUCUCCCCGCCUCAGGCUCCUCACCCGCCGUAUCCAGACUAGUCGAGAUCUUGUUAGGCAUCUACCCGCCCUCGCCUCCAGUCCCAGUCACUGAUCUGCAAUUCAUGGACCCCUCCCUAAACCUCAGCCAGAAGAAUGCCGUACGUGCAGCAUUACAGGCACCAGAAGUGGCGUUGAUUCAUGGACCUCCCGGAACGGGCAAGACGCAUACUUUAGUGGAGAUCAUACGGCAACUUGUGGCUAAAGAACAGAAGGUGCUAGUUUGCGGAGCUAGCAACUUGGCUGUCGACAACUUACUCGAACGUCUCGUCCCACACGGUAUCCCAGUCACACGCCUUGGUCACCCUGCACGUGUGCUCCAGUCCCUCCAGUCCUCGACACUCGACGCCCAGACAGCAGCAUCGGACGAGUCCCAGCUCGCAAAAGACGUCAAAGCGGAUAUUGACAGUGCCAUGAGUGCACUGGCUGGAAAGGGGAAGGCGAGGAUAAGAGGUGCGGAGAGGAAGAAGAUGUGGGACGAGGUGAAGGGCCUGAGGAAGGAGUGGAGAAAGCGAGAGGGAGGAGCUGUCAAGGCUGUUAUGGGACGAGCUAAGGUCGUUUUGAGUACGUGUCAUGGAGCCGGCAGCAGGCAAUUGCAGAACUCGCAGUUCGAUGUGGUCAUCAUUGACGAGGCAACGCAGGCUAUGGAGGCGGUUUGCUGGAUACCAAUCCUCAAAGCGAAGAAACUUAUUCUAGCGGGUGAUCCAUUACAACUCCCACCCACAGUUUUAUCGCUCGACUCGGAAAACUCGCCGAAGAAAACGACACCCAAGGAAAAGAAAGAAAGCACUGCCAAGACAGAAACACCGAGCGAGCCGUUGGAUGAAGUGACACUGCCAGAGUCUGAUGAUGAAGAACUCGAGGAAGAAAGUGAUGACGCCGGUGCCGACAGCGAGGAAAAACCGGCAGCAUCGGAACCGUCGCAGCAAGCUGAGCGAAAAGCAGAACCGAGCAGCAAGAAGAUCUGUCGGCUCCGCCUUCCGCAUUCUCUGGAAGUGACGCUGUUUGAUCGGGUGGAGCGAAUGUUCCCUCGUGUGAAGAAGAUGCUCACGGUCCAGUACCGCAUGCAUGCCAUUAUCUGUCAAUUCCCCUCCACAACAUUGUACCGGUCGAAGUUGAAAUCUCACGAGUCGGUCGCCGCUCACUUACUUCGCGAUCUGCCCACCGUAUCGAAGGACGAUGAAUUUUCAGAUGUCGUCACUCCUCCCGUAGUAUUCUUCGACACGGCAGGUUGCGAGUUCUUUGAACGUACCGAAGCUGACGGACUCAGUGGGGGCCUGGACGAAGGGAGCAAGUCCAACGAGAACGAGGGUGCUGCGGUGCAGCGGUGGGUGCAGAAGCUCGUCAUGGCAGGUGUGGCACCGGGGCAGAUAGCAGUCAUCACGCCAUAUCAAGCCCAAGUUACCUACCUCACCUCCCUUCUACGGGCCGAUAUGCCGGACCUAGAAAUAGGAACUGUAGAUGGUAUGCAAGGUCGCGAGAAGGAAGCGGUCGUGCUCAGUCUUGUACGAAGUAACGAUAAGCGCGAAGUUGGAUUUCUGCGGGAGAAGCGGCGGCUGAACGUGGCCAUGACACGGCCGAGACGCCAUCUGUGUGUGGUGGGGGAUUCGGAGACGGUUAGUCAAGGUGGGACGUAUCUGAAGAACUGGAUGGCAUGGUUGGAGCAGAACGCGGAUGUGAGAUAUGGGGGUGAUGAGACAUAA